AUUAAUGUCUUGUUUAACACUUUGAUUUAGAUCUAAAUUACAAUCAUAAUUCAUUUCAAAUUCUCUUUCUUAUGUUCAUAUUCAAAACCACUAUACUCAUGAGUACAUUGAUUUUACAUUUUGCGUGAUACUGCAUCUCCUUCUCAUUGAUUUUAGUUUGAUUGAAAAAUGUUGACUUUCUUCGUGAUUAAGCUCAUUAGUGGACUUGUUUUUCUCUUCAUGUUCAACCUAUAUUAAUUGCUCAACUAGCUUUAACUUGCUUUUCUUUUGAAGAUUUAUGGAUACAUCUUAAUUUUAGCUUAAAAAACUUCAUUUGUGGUGUGUCACUCCGUGGCGGUGGCUGUUCGUCGCUCUUGCCUCUCUGUUCACCUCUCUAUUUUGUCAUGGAUGUUCCAUUGCCAUUGGAUAAAUUAGCUCUAGAAUUGAUUAGUAAUGAACCCUCCCCCGGAAACACAACCAAUGGCAAAAUAUAUGUAAUACUGGUGGCAACUGGAAGCUUUAAUCCACCUACUUUCAUGCAUUUACGCAUGUUUGAGCUUGCAAGAGAUGCAUUGAAUUCCAAAGGCUACUGUGUACUUGGAGGUUACAUGUCACCUGUAAAUGAUGCAUACAAGAAAAAGAACCUAAUAUCUGCUGACCAUCGAAUACAAUUAUGUCAUCUAGCCUGCAAAAGUUCAAAAUUUGUAAUGGUUGAUCCAUGGGAGGCAAAUCAAAGCACAUAUCAACGCACUUUAACUGUCCUGUCCAGAGUCCACACUUCUAUUUGUGAGACAGGGUUGGUAUCUAGAGAAUCCCUCAAGGUCAUGCUUGUUUGUGGUUCUGAUCUCCUCCAUUCAUUUGGCAUUCCUGGAAUCUGGAUUCCCGACCAGGUUAAGAGUAUAUGCAGAGAUUAUGGAGUAGUCUGCAUUCGCAGAGAAGGACAGGAUGUUGAGAAGACUAUAUCUGAUGAUCAAAUUUUGAAUGAGAAUCAGGCAAAUAUCGAAGUUGUAGAUGAACUAGUACCAAAUCAAAUCAGCUCAACGAGAAUAAGGGAUUGCAUUGCAAGUCAAUUAUCGAUAAAAUACCUUACAGCAGAUGAAGUGAUUGAUUAUAUCGGUGACCAUAAAUUAUACAUGAACUCAGAUGACAAAUAACUCCUAUACAUUGGAUAUCAUAUUGCUUUAUUUUCCAUGCAAGAGUCAUUAGUUAGUAGCUACAUACGAGGCUAGUUUUCAAUGAACAGUUAAUUUGGUGUUGUAAACUUGCAGAUAAAUAAAUAUUCCAUAAUUCACAUGGUAAAUGCAAAAUUUAAGAGAAUUGUUGAAGCUUGAGUACAAUCACAAAUGAAGAAUCAAAAUACCAGUAAGACACUGAUAUUAAUCUUA